ACCUAUCAUCCCAAGCAUUGCUCUAAGCAGCCAUGGGAGCCCUGUUGAUACUUUGCGCUUUGGCAGCUUUACUCAGCUGUCCAUCUAGCGCUGGAUGGGCAGGGAGGGAGUUUGCCCUUUCCUUCCUACAGAAUUAUCUUCAGCACUAUGACACUCCCCAAUAUCAACUCCACAUCACUGCUAUUCAGGCAAAUACUAAAGUGACAGUGCAAGUACCUCCCUUAAGCUUCAAGCAAGAAAAAACUUUAAAUGCUGGAGAGGUGGUUACCAUCAGUCUCCCCGAUGGCGUUGAAAUGUAUGGUAGCACGAAGUCUUCCAAUACAGUGCGUAUUGAAGCCUCCGCAGAUGUGACUGUAACCUCCUUCAACUACAAGCUGUACACAGCAGAUACAUCUGUGAUCUAUCCGGUCAGUGAAUGGGGUACAGAAUAUUUCAUCUUUACACCUCCUGGAACCCCCUAUGCAACCUUUAAAGAGUUCUCUGUGACAAAUGGAAAAGAGGCCCAAGAAGUUGAGAUCUUCCCACAAGGGGCAAUCAAGUUUGAGAACCGUGUCUACGAUCAAAACAGCAAAAUGGUAUUAAACCUCAAGCCAUAUGAGAGUGUCCAGCUUCAGAGUUCAUAUGAACUUUCAGGCACCAGAGUUUCCUCCAAACACCCUGUUGCCGUUUUCAGUGGUCACACUUGUACCUGGAGAUUCGCAAAAUGCAACCAUGUUUAUGAGCAUCUACUGCCAGUAAGCAGCUGGGGAACAAGCUUCGUCAUGCCUCCCCUGAGUUUCCAGAAGAAUUUUGAUAGUGUCUACCUUCAGGCCUCCCAGAACACAAGUGUCACUGUCCAAAAUGGCCAACGUAAAGAUGAUUUGAGUUUGAGCACAGGGCAGACAAUAGAGAUCCAGUACCACAAUCCUGACGCACUGUCCAUUCAGGCUGAUCAUGGCAUCCAGGUCCUAUUGCUCUUCAAUGGUGUGGAACAUAGCUGGUUACUGUACUACGACCCUUUCUUGACGAAUGUAAUAUCCACGGACCGUUUCUGCUUUUCCUACUCAUUUGAGGCUCUAGCUGGGUUUGAAAACAAAGCUUUAGUUGUAGCACAAACCAGUGCAGCAGCAACACUCCGUUGGGAUAAUACAGAGCUGCCUCGUGAUGUGCAGUGGAAAAAGAUUGAAGGAUCAGAGUUCUCUUGGGCAGAAAUAUCCUACAACCAAAGCCCUACCAACAACAAACACACCCUGUCCAGCUCAGGUUCGCCUUUUGCUCUCUACAGUAUAGGAUUCAGUCAGAUGAACGGUUAUGGGUCCCUAGGACAGUGCGUGCAGCCAGGAAGUGCAUCUCUGUCCUGCAGCAGCAUCACCUGCAGGGUCAAUGAGAUGUGUGAGAUGAAGGAUGGCCGUCCCUCCUGUGUUCCAGUAAAAAAAAAUCCUGGAACAUGCUGGGCAGUGGGAGAUCCUCACUACCGUACUUUUGAUGGACGACACUUUAACUUCAUGGGUACCUGCACAUAUGUCAUUUCUAAAAACUGUGACAAGGGUGAUAGUCUCCCUGCAUUUGAGAUCCUCGCCCAGAAUGAGCACAGAGGAAAUCUCAAGGUAUCAUAUGUUGCCAUGGUCACAGUGAAGGUGUUUGAUGUUACCAUCACAGUAGUUCGGUCCGAGACUGGGCGUGUGAGGAUUGACAAUAUUCUGUGGAGUUUGCCAGUAACCUUGAAUAAUGACAAACUGAGAAUGCAUAAGAGCGGAAGCUCUGUGCUCAUUGAGACCGAUUUUGGUCUGACAGUCCGUUAUGAUUGGGAACAACGGCUUGUGGUCACUUUGUGCAGCAGUUAUGCUAGUAAGACUUGUGGACUGUGCGGUAACUUCAAUGGAAAUCCCAGUGACGACUUCACCACACCCUCUGGCGCACAGGCAGGUGGAGCUCUGGCCUUUGGUAGGAGCUGGAAGGUGCCAGGGCUUGGGGAAGCUCAGUGCAGAGAUGGCUGUACAGAUGGGUUGGAUAACUGUGAAAGCAGCCUGAUGAAAACAUGGGAGAGUGACUUGUUUUGUGGCAUCAUUGCACUUGACCUAUUUAGCAAAUGUCAUAAAAUCAUUGACCCACUACCAUACAUAGAGGACUGUAAAUAUGAUUUAUGCAUGGGAGGUGGUCUGCGACAUUUCCUCUGCAGUGCAGUGGAGGCUUAUGCUGAAGCUUGUCAGAUUGCUGGGGUCCAGGUUCAAGAGUGGAGGAAGAAGGCACAAUGUCCUGCCAAAUGUCCAGCAAACAGCCAAUAUGAGCUCUGUGGCAGCGCCUGUCCUGACACAUGUUCGGACCCAAAUGCUUCCUCCAAAUGCAAACGCCCUUGUGUGGAGACCUGUACCUGUAAAGCAGGCUUUGUUUUAAGCGGAGAUAAGUGUGUUCCUGCUACUCAGUGUGGCUGUACCUAUGAGGGUCGAUAUAUUCCUCCCGGAGAGGCGUUCUGGGCUGACCAAGGCUGCAAGCAAUGGUGUAAAUGUGUAGCUGGAAGCAGACAGGUUCAGUGCGAGGAAAAGGGCUGCAGGACCGGGGAGGAGUGCAAAGUGGUUGAUGGCAUAAGAAAGUGCCAAGCAUUGUCUUUCAGCACCUGCCAGGCCACUGGUGAUCCCCAUUAUAUGACCUUUGACAAGAAGAAAUUUAACUUCCAGGGCACAUGUGUCUACCAGCUUGUUGCACUCUGUUCCAAGGACCCAGAGUUAGUGCCAUUUGAAAUCCUAGUGCAGAAUGAUCACCGGGGCAGCAAGGUGGUCGCCUACACCGGGUUAGUAGAGAUCAAGGUGUACUCCUUCAGCAUUAUCAUUACUAAGACACACAAAGGCCAGCUUAUGGUGAAUAACGAGCUGGUCAAUCUGCCUAUCACCCUGGAGGAGGGAAAGAUAUCUGUCUACAAGAGUGGCUGGUAUGCAGUCGUCACAACUGAUUUUGGCCUGAAAGUUUCCUUUAACUGGGACAGUGCCGUGUUUGUAACACUGCCAAGCAACUACAUGGGUGCCGUUUGUGGCCUCUGUGGCAACUACAACGGCAAACCUGAGGAUGACCUGAUCCCGAAAAAUGGUAAAACACCCGUUUCGCCAGUAGAUUUCGGUACCAGCUGGCGAGUGGCUGAGAUCCCGGGUUGUGUCGAAGGCUGUAAAGGGGUCUGUCCUGACUGCGACAUUAAUCAGAAAGUUCAGUAUGAAAAAGAUGAUUUCUGUGGUGUGGUAAAAGAUGCAAAAGGACCAUUCCGCGACUGCCACGCCAAGGUUGAUCCAGCUAGCUUUUUUGAAGACUGUGUUUAUGAUGUAUGCUUAUAUAAGGGCAGGAAGGACGUGCUGUGUAAGGCUAUUACAGCAUACACAUCUGCCUGUCAGGCUGCAGGGGCCAAUGUGUACAACUGGAGAACGGUUCACUUCUGUGCGAUGCAAUGUCCCACCAACACCCACUAUGAAAUUUGUGCAAUCGCCUGUCCUGCGACUUGCCAAAGUCUGACUCCUCCUAAAGGCUGUCAAGCUCAGUGUGCGGAGGGCUGUUCCUGUGAUGAUGGUUACAUCCUUAGCGGAGAUGCAUGUGUUCCCUUAUCGGAGUGCGGCUGCGUUUACAAUAACCGCUACUACCGAACUGGAGAAGUGUUUUAUCCCAAUGGGCAAUGUGAGGAGGAGUGCAAUUGCAAAAAAGGAGGAGAGGUUGAGUGCAAGAAGUUCACAUGUGGCCCUAAUGAGAAGUGUAAAAUAGAAGAUGGUGUCCAAAAAUGCCACCCUGUUGGCAAGGGUGUAUGCCAAGCUGCUGGUGACCCCCAUUACCUCACUUUUGAUGGUAAAAAAUUUGAUUUCCAGGGGACCUGCACUUAUACACUGUCCAAGAGUUGUGGACUGGAAGGUACCCACUUGGUGGACUUUUCCGUUCAGGUAGAAAAUGAGCAGUGGGACAGGGUUAAGAACAGAAAGGUGGUGUCUGUAACCAAGCUGGUUGCCGUGGAGGUCUACGGCUUCACUCUCAUCAUGAGGAACAAUAUGUUUGGAGUCCUGGUAAAUGGCGUGUUGAGCUACCUUCCUAUGAAACUAAAUGAUGGAGCCAUUCUAGUUUAUCAAGAAGGCAAUCGUUACGUUAUUGCAACCAAUUUUGGGCUCCUUGUCACUUAUGAUCUGGUCUAUCAAGUGACAGUCACAGUACCUGGCAAUUAUCGUGGUAAGGUCUGUGGCCUGUGCGGCAACUACAACGGGGACAGAAACGAUGACUUCGAGAUGCCCAAUCGUAGGCUUACCAAUAACGUGAAUGAGUUUGGAAAGUCAUGGAAGGUCACCAUUCCCAAUGUUGUGUGUGAAAAUGGCUGCGAAGGGAAUUCUUGUCCUGAAUGUGACCCAGCUCUCAAGGCAGUGUUUUCAAAGUCCGCCUACUGUGGUAUAAUGACCAAUCCCAACGGGCCUUUUGCAGUUUGCCAUAGCAUCUUGGACCCUCAGCCAUAUUUUGCUGACUGUGUGUUUGAUUUGUGUGCUUCCAAUGGUGAUGGAAAGGUGCUUUGUGACAGCGUAGCAGCCUACGCCUUUAACUGUCACGCUGUAGGAGCCGAUGUCAAAAACUGGAGAACGCCUUCCUUCUGUCCCAUGAAAUGCCCGAUCAACAGUCACUACGAAGUGUGUGCUGAAGCCUGCUCCGCCUCCUGUGCUGGCCUCACAGAGAUUGUUCAGUGCCCCUCCAACUGCACAGAAGGCUGUGACUGUGAUGCUGGCUUCUUAUUCAAUGGACAGACUUGUGUUAAAGAGAUUGAGUGUGGAUGCUAUGAGAAUGGAAAAACUUAUAAGCCUGGUGAUGUUGUGUAUGAGGAAGACUGUAACAGAAAGUGCACAUGUAAUCCAGGAAAAGGCCUCAUCUGUGAAAAGCACUCCUGUCCUCAAGACACCAAAUGCAUGGUCAAGAACGGAAUCAGGGCAUGUUACAACACAGAUCCCUGCAAAGAUCUCAAGUGUCGGGCACAGGAGACAUGCCGAGUUGAGAAGGGCGAGGCUACGUGCAUCCCAAAAUACACAGGCACCUGCUGGGCCUGGGGCGACCCUCACUACCACACAUUUGAUGGGUACAACUAUGACUUCCAGGGGACCUGCAAGUACGUCAUCUCUAAGACGUGCGGCGAACUGGAUGGUCUAGUUCCAUUUUUGAUCACUGAGAGGAAUGACAACAGAGGCAACACAGCAGUUUCCUACGUCAGAAAUGUAGAUGUGUUUGUGUACGAUUACCAGAUCACCAUCCAGAAGAACCAAGUUGGUCAAGUCAUGGUGGACGGGGAGCUGCUGAAUCUUCCUGUACUUUUGGGUGAUGGUAAAGUCUCAGUGUUACAAAGAGGGAACACUGCACAGGUGGAGACAGAUUUUGGUCUGGUUGUCUCCUAUGACUGGAACUGGUACCUUGUCAUUAAGCUUCCCAGCAGCUACUUUGGCUUGGUCUGUGGUUUGUGCGGCAACUUCAACGCUAAUGUUCUUGAUGAAAUGCUAAAUCCAGCAGGCAAACCAGUUUCCUCAGUCAUUGAGUGGGGCAAGAGCUGGCUAGCACCUGAACAGGACAAGGAACAUCCUUGCUGGGACACAUGUGAGAAAAACUGCCCUACCUGUGACAACGACGAUGUUAAGCUCUAUAAAACCGAGGCGUUCUGUGGGGCUCUUGCGGACAAGACCAACGGCGUGUUCCAGAAGUGUCAUGAAAAGGUGGACCCCCAGGCCUUCAUGAACAACUGUGUGUAUGACAUGUGUUACAACAAGGGGGACAAAAAGAUGCUGUGCCAGGCUCUGGCCUCCUACAGUGAUAAGUGUCGUGACGAAGGAAUAAUAAUCAAGAACUGGAGAACAAAAUUUGGCUGUCCGAUGAACUGUCCGCGCAACAGCCACUACGAAGACUGCGCCAGCCCGUGUCAGCCAUCCUGCCCAUUAACUGGAGAAAAGCAGGUCUGCAGCGGGACCUGUGUGGAGACCUGUGUGUGUGACGAGGGUUACGUCCUCAGCGCCGGCGUCUGUGUACCUACAAAAACAUGUGGUUGCUCAUAUCAGGGUCGCUACUACAAACCAGGACAGCAGUUCUGGGAUGAUGAAGCUUGCCAUCGCCUGUGCGAGUGUGAUAUGACCCUGGGCAUUGUGGCAUGCCGUGAGGCUUCCUGCUCUGCCAAAGAGCAGUGUACUGUAGUGGAUGGAGAGCGCGCCUGCCGACCCAUUAGUUACGCCACUUGCUCGGCCUCAGGUGACCCGCACUACCGCACUUUUGAUGGCCGCAGGUAUAAUUUCCAAGGCACGUGUGUAUAUCAGCUGGCAGGGCUUUGCUCUCAGCAGCCUGGGCUGGUGCCGUUCAAGGUGACUGUGCAGAAUGACCACCGGGGAAGCAAGGCCGUGUCCUACACAAGCACCGUCAAAUUUUCCAUAUAUGGCAUCACUCUCACCAUAAGCAGAGAAUACCCUUACAAAGUCUUGCUCGACGGGCAGCUUGUUUUGUUGCCACUGAAUUACAAUAACGAGCUGAUGGUGUCCCUCAGCGGCUGGAAAGCUGUAGUGGAGACAGCUGCUGGUAUCACGGUGACCUUUGACUGGCAGAGCACAGUGACCGUUACUCUGCCCAGCACCUACCAGGGUGCAGUCUGCGGCCUGUGUGGUAACUACAAUGACAAAGCUCAGGAUGACCUGACAAUGCCCAACGGCAACACCACGUCUAAUGAAAGACAGCUGGGGGACAGCUGGCAGGUGGCCAUUGUACCAGGCUGCUCAUCAGUCUGCCAAGGGCCGUGGUGCCAAGCCUGUUCAGACUCCCAGAAGAAAGUGUAUGAAGCCAACAAGUACUGUGGCAUUAUUGCAGACAAGGCAGGGCCCUUUAAAGAUUGCCAUAGCCGUGUGGACCCAGCUCCUUACAUGGAGGACUGUGUUUUUGACGUUUGCCAAUAUCAAGGGCACCAUGGAUCAGUGUGCGAUGCUGUGGAAGUGUAUGCCUCUGCAUGUCAGAGCAUUGGAGUCACCAUCUACUCCUGGAGAGCAGAAAGCUUCUGUCCUAUGGCUUGUCCUGCUAACAGCCAUUACAGCCUGUGUGCCACGGGUUGCCCAGCCACCUGCGCAAGCUUAACCCCCGUUACCAGCUGCCACAGGUAUUGUUCAGAAGGCUGUGAGUGUGACGAAGGCUACCUCCUGAGCGGGGAUACCUGCGUGCCUGUGAAGGACUGCGGGUGCUCUUAUGAUGGUCAGUACUACCAAAAAGGAGACGUCUUCUAUUCUGAAGACAAGUGCGCAGAGGAAUGCACUUGUGGGGACAAUGGAGCUGUGUCUUGUCAAAAGGCCAAGUGCCGUCCAGGAGAAAUCUGUAAGCUUGUAAAUGGAGUGAAAGGCUGCUAUCCAGAGGGGGAAGGCAAAUGUGUAGCUUCCGGUGAUCCUCAUUACAUUUCCUUUGAUGGACGUAGGUUUGAUUUCCAGGGUACCUGUGUCUAUGUACUGGCCAAGGUUUGUGAUGAUGACAAAGGUCAGCUGACGCCGUUCACCGUCACUCAGGGGAAUGAGAAGUUUGGAAAUGGAAAGGUGGCUGUGACGAAGUCAGUGGCAGUGUCAGUCUAUGGUUAUGCCAUUUACAUCCAGCAGAAAAUGCCUUGGAAAGUCUUUGUGGAUGAUGAACUACUAAACCUUCCGCUAUCCCUGGAGAAUGGGCGUCUCAAAAUAACCCAGGAAGGUCGAAACAUAAUUGUUCGAACAGCCUUUGGACUGACAGUCCUCUAUGACACUGUGUAUUAUGUUGAGGUGAUUGUUCCCUCUACAUACCAGGGAAAGAUGUGUGGUCUUUGUGGAAACUACAACAAGAACGGUGGUGAUGAUUUCAUUCUUCCUGGUGGCAAACAAGCCAAAAACGUUGAUGAAUUUGGGAUGGCAUGGACGGUGGACCUACCUGGGUAUAUAUGUGGAGGCUGUGGAGGACAGUGCCCAGAAUGUGAGCAGGCCAAAGCUGUCCUGUAUGGAAAAUCCGACUCCUGCGGCAUCAUCAGUGCGCCUAAUGGGCCUUUCAAAGCCUGCCACAGUGUCAUUGACCCAGCAGUAUAUCUGUCGGAUUGUGUGUUUGAUGUUUGUGCUGUGGGGGGCAACAAAGACACUCUGUGUAACAGUGUGCAGGCUUACGCUUUGGCCUGCCAGAGUGCAGGAGUUCAAAUCCAGCAGUGGAGGAGCAACUCUUUCUGCCCUGCAUCCUGCCCUCCACACAGUCACUAUGAGCUGUGUGCCGACACCUGUAGUGGGACAUGUGCCAGUUUUGUUACCCCGUUUGGUUGUUUUCCGGGCUGUUUUGAAGGAUGCCAGUGUGAUGAUGGCUUCGUUUUCAAUGGUGUCCAGUGUGUUGUCCUGGAAGACUGUGGGUGUAUGUACAACGGCAGAUAUCUGAUGGUGGGCCAAGAAUUGGUGGACAACGACUGCAAGUCAAAGUGUGUGUGCCAGGCCUCUGGUAUGGUAAAGUGUGAAAAGCUGUCCUGUGCCAGUGGGGAAGUUUGCGAUAUCAGAGACGGGGUCAGGGGUUGCCACCUGAAGCAGGGCCAAUGCGUCGUCAGUCGUGAUGGCCAGCUAAGCUCCUUUGAUGGUAUGUCAGGCGCGAUAGGAGCACAGGGCGCUUUCCAAGUGGCGUCUCUGUGUGACGAGAGCGCUGAGCUGUGGUUCCGUGUGGUCGUGGACGUUAGGGUCUGCAACAAGGGGGCAGCUCCCACUGUUGCCAGUGUGUAUGUGUUCUUCAGCGAUACCAUCGUGGCAGUGAACAGCGAACACGUGACCUGGGUAAAUGGCAGGAAAGUGUCUCUUCCCAGCAAAGUGACAAGCACACUCUCUGUCCAAAUCUCAGAGAGGGCUUUGAUCAUCGAGAGGGCGUCCGCUGUGCGGGUCACUUACUCUAUUUCUCAGGAGGUCACCGUCAUUAUUCACAGUAGCCUGUCUGGUAAAAUGUGCGGCGCCUGUGGUAACUACAAUAACGACUCCAAAGAUGACAUGACGACAGCAGAUGGAAAAAUCACAACUGAUGUGUCUGUAGUUGUCGGCUCCUGGAGCGCUGGGGACUUUUCCAGAUGUGGCCUGUAGAGAUGCUGGUCCUGUGCCGACAAAAGCAUCUGGUUAACAGGAUGAAGAAUCUCGCUUGUUCACAGAUUUACUCAACCUGCUUCAGCACCUCGUCUUGAUUCAUGGAAUAGUUUAAGUUGCUUCCUGGUGAUUGUGCCUUCUAUUGUUUACCCAGGGUUUAGAAAAAAGAGGGAAAGAAAGGGGCGAAAGAGGCAUGGAGCUCAUUCUUGACCAAUAUCUCCAUCUAGUGGGGGAGAAAAUUAUUCCAUCUCCUUUCCCGUUAUGUCUUGCCUGUCUUGCCUGUCUUGCAAUACUUUUUAAUAUGUGUCUGUUAUUAAAAAAAAACACAUUGUUCUGACCACUAAAUAAAGAUA